AUGACGAACCAACAUCACAUGAAGUCGGUGAUUUCCAUCGGGAACGUGGACGACACGUCCCUGGCGCUGCCCUCCGAGUCCCGCCAGCGCUCCGGCCCGCAGCGCGUGCUGGAUCAGGUGCAGUCUGUCCGCAGGACGAAGUCCAAAUCCAGCACGACGACCUCCCUGUCUCCCACAAGCCCUUCAUACGACUCCGUGUUCGCAGAGUCUUUCAGGUCAUCCAAUGGAAGCGUCUUCUUUGCGAAUGGCUCCUCCAAACCUCUCAGUCCAGACAAAACCAUCGGCCGUCAAAUACUCAGCAACUCCAAAGGCUCCACCAUGAACAAGAGCGCCUUCCUCUAUGAGAGGAGUUACCCCCUCAUCAGCUCCAUGAUGGUCAACCACACCACCAACACCAGCCGCAGUGAGCCGGAGAUGGCCUGGCAGCACUCCAUGCCAAAACGCUCCGUGUCCACGCAGAGGACGCUCCCCAGUAAAAGCACCUACAAGACGCAGAGGACCGCCAGUCAGUUUGUUUCCAGCAGCAGGCCUCAGCCUCAGCUUCAGCCUCGGUCUCCGUCCCAGCCGCUGCCUCUGUCUCCGUCCCAGCCUCUGUCUCCGUCUCACCCGCUGCCGCCGCCUCCACCUGCCUAUGUUGGCAGCGCUGCAAAUCUGAACAAAGCACAGAGCCAGUUCCUUGUCAGUCAAGCAGAUGUGUCCAAAGUUGCCUCAAAGCCCCCCGCCACCGAAACCAUGUCCAAGACCAAAGAGGACUCUGGGGUAAACGGAGGCACCAUGGUGGCCGACAUCACCAUGAAGGAGGCCGUGGAGUAUCUGUCCAACGAGGACCAGACUUAUCAGCACUGCGGAGCUUCCUACAUUCAGCACAACACCUUCAUCAACGACGCAGCCAAACUCGAGGUCUGGAAGCUGAACGGCGUCCGUCCUCUGGUGAAUCUGCUGCGCAGCCCCAGCUCGCAGGUCAGCCACACGGCCGCCGCAGCCCUGCGCAACCUGUCCUUUAAGAACGACAAGAACAAGGAGGAGAUCCAGCGCUACGGAGGCAUCGCAGAGGCCGUGGCUGCGCUCAAAGAGACUAACUCUGUGGACACGCAGAAACAGCUGACAGGUCUCCUGUGGAAUUUGUCCUCUUCAGAAAACUUGAAGCCGGACUUGUUGAAAAGUGCUCUUCCUGUCUUGGUGGAUCAUGUGGUGCUGCCUUACACAACAGGCCCCAACAGGACCAGCAUCCAAGACCCCGACGUCUUCUUCAACGCCACUGGAUGUCUGAGAAACCUCAGCAGUGCGAAGCAGAGCAGCAGACAGUCCAUGAGGAAGUGUCGAGGCCUGAUUGACUCUUUGGCUACGUACGUCGACGACUGCGUCGCUUCAGGAAAACCAGACGACGAGUCGGUGGAAAACUGCGUGUGCAUCCUGCACAACCUGACCUUCCAGCUGGAGGCGGAGGCUCCGGCUCUCUUCAGCAGGAUCACGGCUUUGUCCAACAUCGCCAGCAGGAGCAGCAGCCAGAGCAGCACCAGCCCGGUCGGCUGCUUCAGCCCACAGAACAAACCCACAGAGCACGAGCCGAGCUUCGACUUCCCAGUCAUUGAGGAGUCGCAGCCCAGUGGAGCAGGCUGGCUGAUACAUUCCAAAACGCUGCAGAAUUACCUGUCUCUGCUCAGCACCAGCCAGCGAGAAGAGACCCAGGAAGCCUGCUGUGGAGCGCUGCAGAAUCUCACCGCACGAGACGGCAUCGUCUCCAAUGUGAUGGGCCAGACUAUUGUGCAGAAACUGAGCGGCCUGCAGAUGAUUACCCCCCUUAUACAGUCUAAAAAAGUCAACUUGCAGAAGAAUAUAGUUAAUUUGGUGGGGAACCUCACUAAAAACCCCAACCUGCACAACGGCAUUGCUCGUAAAGCCCUCCCCGAGCUGCUGAGCCUCCUCAGCAAAGGCACCUCAGAGGGGAAUGAGUCUGACGACACCCUGGCCAUGGCCUGUCACACUGCCAGCUGCAUGCUUCUGAAGAAACCCGACAUCAGCAAACACCUGCUGAGCAACGGCCUGAUACAAUCACUGAGCAGCCUCAGUCAAGACAGAUAUUUACCCAAAUCGAGCAAAGCGGCAGCUCUGUUACUGCACAAUCUCUGGUCGCACAAAGAUUUGCAGAACCACCUGAAAAAGCAAGGGAUGAGUAAAACCUCGUUUGUGAACGACAUCACCACGGCGGCGCACAGGUCGGUUCAAGUCGUGGAUUAAUUCCAACGCUUAACGGAUCUCUGGAAGUUUUGUACUGAAGUAAUCGCCUGCAAGGUCUCUGCACAACCACCCAGACGUACACCGGCUCCGAGGCGGAGCGCCAGGAUUGAUUUUCUCUGUCUGAAUAAAUCUAAAUCUAAAACUUCAACCUUAUGCAUUUGAUUGUCUUCUGUAGCCCUGAGUAUGCUGUAAGGUGAUGAGAUGAUUUGUUUGUAAAAACAAAGGUGAAGGUUGAAAUGUAACACUUUACAUUUUAGUUGCUUUUCUAGUGUGAAAUCCUGCUCUGAACUUGUUGUGUUGUUGCGUCUGUAAAAAAUUGAUUUUCAUUGUGCAAAAUGAACCCGAUAAAUUUUACCGGCAUGCAGGAAUUUAAGAGGUUGCAUGAGGUUUGUUGGUGGUGUGAUGUUUUUUUUUUUCUUUUUUUAAAUAUUUUGUAUUUGAUGUUUUUAAAUCAAUGUACA